UCGGCGCGCUGCCGAUGAUGUUGUGCCGCGUACGCUUCACGGGCGAGCGAAUUUCGUAGGUUAAAAGCCGCCCGGUCUGUACGCGAAAGCUCUACGUAAAAAUUGUGUAAAAUAGUCAGAAAAAAGGGAGAGAAAGAGAGAGAGAGAAAGUAUAAAAAUAAAACAACGAUGAUAGUCCAAACUGGGCGGUAGAGCAUCCACACGGAGCUUGGUUAAACAGCGUUAACGUGUAUCGAGCAACAACAACUAUGUGCUUGGGUGCGUGUGCGCGAAACAAAUUCGAUGGACGCAGUUGACGAGUGUGUGUGUACACAACAACACGAGAAAAAGUUAUCGCGACGACGACCGCUGCUGCUGCUUUUGCUGCCGACUGCACGUCUAUCGCGACGAACCGAGAGAUAGGUAUAAGAUAUAGCAUAAGUAUCGAAUAGCAGAGAAGCGAGCGAGAGAGAGUGAGCGCCAUCGGACGCGGCGAAAAAGUUUAGCCAGCAGAAGAGGCACACCGACAGACAGACAAGGCGCUAGGCUAGCCGCGUGCUCCGACUUGAUCGCCACUGCUGCCGUAUCUUCUAGUCCUGCUCGAGGAGAGCACAAUCAACAAAGGAACCGCUCGAAGAGUCGGUAGAAUCGAAUGAAGAAUUGAUCAGAGGGCAAUACAUAAAGGAGGCUCUCUACAAACCGUCAAUAACUCGCAACCAAUUUUUAGAUAUUAUCUUGAAUGACAAGGACAAAGAAGUUUAAAAAAGCACGAGAAACGACCCGCUGGAGAAAAUAUAAGAAAAUCGGUUUACCACAAACGUGAACAUAGGUAAUAUGUGGUCGAGGUAUGGCAAAUCAAAGAGCAAGAAGAAGCGCAAUAGGGUUGUUAAAAAUGACCUGGUGAACGGAGAGCUGGACACUUCCACAGAUAUCGAAGUAAAUGGUCUGUUGAACGGGACACUGAAUGGAGAGCUGGAUAGUUCUAAGGAUAUUGAACAAGAAAGUGAACUUUCUGACGGGACGCUGAAUAUUGAGCUCAAUAGCUCUAAAGAUAUUGAACAAGAAAGUGAAGUGUCUGACGGGACUCUGAAUAGUGAGCUGGAUAGUUUGAAAGACAUUGAACAAGAACAUGAACUGCCGAACGGAUCGACGAUCGAAGAGCUGGACAAUUCCAAAGACGUUGACGAAGAUGUCAGCGACACAGCGACCACGAUUACGACGACGACGGCAACAGACACCUCGGAAUUUCCCGAGUUCUGUCCGCUCACCGGCAAAAAAUUAGUCUGGAAAGAGGUUCGGGUCAAAAUGAAGCGGGUGUCGAUCGAUCUAUCCUCGAGCAGUCGCGAGAACCACGAGCACGACGAAAGCAACGACAACGACAGCGAACAACCGAGAAAGUACAUAAAGCGAGAGGUGGUCAAAGAGGAGUUUGAGGUCGAGGCGAUACUGGACAAGGCGGUGUCGAACAACACGACUUACUACCUCAUUAAGUGGAAAGGCUGGGCGGAGGAUUUCAACUCGUGGGAGCCCAAGCGCAAUCUCAAAUGCAAAAACCUGCUGGAUGUAUUCGAAUUCGAGGACCAUCGUUUCCAGAUGGUCCAGACCUUUCGAAAGCUGGUGAAUUUCAACAGGCCCAGCCGGGGACAAAUGGUGCGCUACAUGCUCGAGCUCAAGCGACACAAUAGCAGCAUCGACGAUCCGAUCAACUGGGAUCCGUUCUACGAAAAAUUGGCCAAGUUCAACAAAUCGCCGACGAGCGCCUGGAGCGCGGAAGUCCUCCGGGACCUGAAGGACGAGGUGUUUCACGCGCUGACCAAGCAGGAGCGCGUCAAGCAGCUCAAGACCCUCUCCGACUGGGAGGACGAGAUGAACGACAUCGCCAAGAAUCAGCCGAACAUCAAGGUGGAGAACGAGGUGGAUCUGGAGGGACCGCCGGCCAACUUUACGUACAUCAACGUCUACCAGGCAACGGAGGGCGUCAUCAUCCCCGAGGACCCGAUAAUCGGCUGCGGAUGCGACAACUGCGACUGGAAGAAGAGGGACUGCUGCUACGCCCAGUACGGCGCGUUGUUCCCGUACACGGCCACGGGUCGUAUCCGCGUGAAGCCCGGCACGCCCAUCUACGAGUGCAACAAGCGCUGCAGCUGCUCGGACGACUGCCGCAAUCGCGUCGUGCAGAAGGGCUCCAAUGCGAAGCUCUGCAUCUUUCGCACGGACAACGGCCGGGGCUGGGGUGUCAAGACGCUGCGAGGCAUCACCAAGGGCACCUUCGUCAUACAGUACGUCGGCGAGGUCAUCACCAACGAGGUGGCCGGUGUACGCAGCAAGAAGCACGAGCAGACCGGUCGCACCUACCUCUUCGAUCUGGACUACAACGAGCCCGACGGCAGCCCGUGCAAGUACACGGUCGACGCCGAGGAGCGCGGCAACGUGUCGCACUUCAUCAAUCACUCCUGCGAACCGAAUCUCGCCGUGUACGCCGUCUGGAUCAACUGUAUGGAUCCGGACAUGCCGCAGCUCGCUUUAUUCGCCACCCGUGACAUCAAGCAGAACGAGGAGAUCACGUUCGAUUACAAUUCGCAGGGCCAGAAGCUCGAUCAGGGAAACAUUCGAUGCAAGUGCGGCGCGGCCGGCUGCAAGCGAUAUCUUUUUUAACGAAAAAAAAAAAAAAAAAGUUAAUUAAUUAAUUAAUCCGUAGCUUCGCACUUUUGUAUAUUUGUACACUGGAGAUAAUUCUGGUUUAGAUUAACGUGAAAAUUGAUAGAACAUGUAGUAUGCUGGUAGUGGACAAGCAAAAAGAAAUCUAUUUUUGUACAAUCGAAUCUUCUGUAGAGUGCGAUUCAAUUUUGAAGCCUCUUACGAAAAGUAGGAUAUUUACAUUCAAGUUAACACAUAAACUUCUUACUUUUCGUAAGGGGCGUCGAUUUGUAGUGUAAACUUGUUAUAAGUAUUUGAUAAGUUGAUGAGAGCACCAGACAGUUUAUUGAGUCGUUUUUUAUAUAUUUUAGUGUAAAAAGAAAUUGUUGGCGACUACAUGAACGUUAAUUUUAAAUAUUAUAAAAAAUGAUUGUAUUUUGUAACAUAUUCUAUUAUUAUACUACGUAUGAAUAGAAACGAGAUCAAUUUUUUAAGUCUAUGGAAGAUUCGCUGUCUCGACAAACAAAAUGUUAAUCUUGUAAAUUUUUCCUCUUACAAAGAGCUCACGAAACCUGACUGUAAGCUCUCGUUGUAGAAAAUUUGAUGAGAUUUUGUUUUCGAACAAUAAAUGAACUAUAUCUAUUAUAUAUAUAUAAUGUAAGCUCGAAAGUUCUUUGAUUGCUUUUAAGUCAGUGAUUUCAUUGUAUAAUAAUUAUUAAUAUUAUAUGAUUCAAUAUGUAUCAUACAUACCAGGCAAGUUCUUAUAUUUAAAUAAAUUGGAGCAAUGACCUAUUAUAGACCUAGUUAAAUAUGAAUCAUUCAAUUUGUAAAAUAAAAAAAAAUAAUGCGUGAAUAAUAAUAAUAGACAAUGAAUUAAA